AUGUCACGGGUGAUAAACACGAUUGCAUAUCCACCAAUCUAUUUACCUACUCACUCUUUUUAUAUAUAUCUAUCUCACUCUUUUCAUAUCUAUCUAUCUAUCUAUCUAUAUCUAUCUAUCUAUCUAUCUAUCUAUCUAUCUAUCUAUCAUACUCUAUCUUCCUCACUCCCCAUCUGUCUAUCUCUGUCUGUUUUCUCUCUCUAUCUAUCUAUUUUCACAGCUAUCUUCCUCCUCCCCAUCUGUCUAUCUCUGUCUGUUUCUCUCUCUCUCUCUCUGUCUAUCUAUUUCACAGCUCCCCAUCUGUCUAUCUCUGUCUGUUUCUCUCUCUCUCUCUGUCUAUCUAUUUUCACAGCUAUCUUCCUCACUCCCCAUCUGUCUAUCUCUGUCUGUUUCUCUCUCUCUCUCUGUCUAUCUAUUUUCACAGCUAUCUCCCUCACUCCCCAUCUGUCUAUCUCUGUCUGUUUCUCUCUCUCUCUCUCUCUGUCUAUCUAUUUAACUAGCUAUCUUCCCCUCCUCCUCAUCUGUCUAUCUCUGUCUGUUUCUCUCUCUCUCUGUCUAUCUAUUUUCACAGCUAUCUUCCUCCUCCCCAUCUGUCUAUCUGUCUGUUUCUCUCUCUCUCUCUCUGUCUAUCUAUUUUCUCCCCAUCUGUCUAUGUUUCUCUCUCUCUCUCUCUAUCUAUUUUCACAGCUAUCUUCGUCCUCCUCAUCUGUCUAUCUCUGUCUGUUUUCUCUCUCUCUCUGUCUAUCUAUUUUCACAGCUAUCUUCUCCCCAUCUGUCUAUCUCUGUCUGUUUUCUCUCUCUCUCUGCCUAUCUAUUUUCAUCUUCCUCACUCCCCAUCUGUCUAUCUCUGUCUGUUUCUCUCUCUCUCUCUCUGUCUAUCUAUUUUCACAGCUAUCUUCCUCACUCCCCAUCUGUCUAUCUCUGUCUGUUUCUCUCUCUCUCUCUCUGUCUAUCUAUUUUCACAGCUAUCUUCCUCACUCCCCAUCUGUCUAUCUCUGUCUGUUUCUCUCUCUCUCUCUGUCUAUCUAUUUUCUAUCUUCCUCACUCCCCAUCUGUCUAUCUCUGUCUGUUUUCUCUCUCUCUCUCUGCCUAUCUAUUUUUAGCUAUCUAUCUUCCUCACUCCCCAUCUGUCUAUCUCUGUCUGUUUUCUCUCUCUCUCUCUGUCUAUCUAUUUUCAGCUAUCUUCCUCACUCCCCAUCUGUCUAUCUCUGUCUGUUUCUCUCUCUCUCUCUCUCUCUGUCUAUCUAUUUUUCACAGCUAUCUUCCUCCUCCCCAUCUGUCUAUCUCUGUCUGUUUCUCUCUCUCUCUCUAUCUAUUUUCACAGCUAUCUUCGUCCUCCUCAUCUGUCUAUCUCUGUCUAUCUCUCUCUCUCUCUCAGUCUAUCUAUUUUCACAGCUAUCUUCCUCCUCCCCAUCUGUCUAUCUCUGUCUGUUUCUCUCUCUCUCUGCCUAUCUAUUUUCACAGCUAUCUUCCUCACUCCCCAUCUGUCUAUCUCUGUCUGUUUCUCUCUCUCUCUCUGCCUAUCUAUUUUCACAGCUAUCUUCCUCACUCCCCAUCUGUCUAUCUCUGUCUGUUUCUCUCUCUCUCUCUCUGUCUAUCUAUUUUCUAUCUUCCUCUCCCCAUCUGUCUAUCUCUGUCUGUUUCUCUCUCUCUCUCUCUGUCUAUCUAUUUUCACAGCUAUCUUCCUCUCCCCAUCUGUCUAUCUCUGUCUGUUUCUCUCUCUCUCUCUCUCUAUCUAUUUUCACAGCUAUCUUCCUCACUCCUCAUCUGUCUAUCUCUGUCUGUUUCUCUCUCUCUCUCUGUCUAUCUAUUUUCACAGCUAUCUUCCUCACUCCCCAUCUGUCUAUCUCUGUCUGUUUCUCUCUCUCUCUCUCUGUCUAUCUAUUUUCACAGCUAUCUUCCUCACUCCCCAUCUGUCUAUCUCUGUCUGUUUUCUCUCUCUCUCUGUCUAUCUAUUUUCAGCUAUCUUCCUCACUCCCCCAUCUGUCUAUCUCUGUCUGUUUCUCUCUCUCUCUCUGUCUAUCUAUUUUCACAGCUAAUCUUCCUCCUCCCCAUCUGUCUAUCUCUGUCUGUUUCUCUCUCUCUCUCUGUCUAUCUAUUUUCACAGCUAUCUUCCUCACUCCCCAUCUGUCUAUCUCUGUCUGUUUCUCUCUCUCUCUCUGUCUAUCUAUUUUCACAGCUAUCUUCCUCACUCCCCAUCUGUCUAUCUCUGUCUGUUUCUCUCUCUCUGUCUAUCUAUUUUCACAGCUAUCUUCCUCACUCCCCAUCUGUCUAUCUCUGUCUGUUUCUCUCUCUCUCUCUCUGUCUAUCUAUUUUCACAGCUAUCUUCCUCACUCCCCAUCUGUCUAUCUCUGUCUGUUUCUCUCUCUCUCUCUCUCUCUAUCUAUUUUCACAGCUAUCUCCCUCACUCCCCAUCUGUCUAUCUCUGUCUGUUUCUCUCUCUCUCUCUGUCUAUCUAUUUUCACAGCUAUCUUCGUCACUCCUCAAAUCGCUCUCUGUCUGUCUAUUUGGUUUGGUUUGUUUUACGGCAUAUCAACCACAAUGCGUUAUUUUAUGCCGACAACAUUUUUUAUUGCUGGUAAUAUUUUUUAUCUAUCUAUCUAUCUAUCUAUCUAUCUAUCUAUCUAUCUAUCUAUCUAUCUAUCUAUCUAUCUAUCUCAUUAUAUAUUGAUUGCUGGUAAUAAUAUCUAUCUAUCUAUCUAUCUAUCUAUCUAUCUAUCUAUCUAUCUAUCUAUCUAUCUAUCUAUUUCAUUAAUGCCGUUGGUAGUCACUAGAAUAUUCGUUUCACCAGACGUACACGAAGCACGUAUUUUUCCUUCAUAUCUCAGAGCAAAGGAGCUCUCGUUACUCCAGAUAACAUCUUCCCAAUCAGAUUUAGUCCAGAGUAAUUGA